AUGAUGGGCUCCAUCGCCCCCGACCUCCCCAUUGAGGUGGACCAGGACGACGACGCAAUCAGCCUAGGCACCGAAUCCUCCACAACAUCCCUCAGCUCGAGCGUACUCAAAUACGAAUACAAGCAUGGUCGACGCUACCACGCACACCAUCUGGGAAACUACCCGUUUCCCAACGAUCAGCCCGAACAAGACCGACUAGACAUGGUGCACCACAUCUUCUACCGACUUAUCAACAACCGACUGUUCCUUGCGCCGAUAAACCCAGACGGGAAACGAAUUCUAGAUAUCGGCACCGGCACCGGCAUCUGGGCCAUUCAGAUGGGCGACGAGUACCCGAAUGUGGAGCAGAUCGUAGGCAACGAUCUCAGUCCGAUCCAGCCAUCGUGGGUACCGCCGAAUGUGAAGUUCAUUGUGGAUGAUGUGGAGAAGGAAUGGAUGGAGAGUGCACCGUAUGAUUAUAUUCAUUGUCGGUAUAUGGCGGGGUCGAUUCGCGAUUGGCCGAGGUUGAUUCAGCAGUGUUAUGAGAAUUUGAAGCUGGGGGGUUGGUUGGAGUUGCAGGAGAGUGUGAAUACGUUGUAUUCGGAGGAUGAGAGUCUGAAGGCGGAUAGUUACAUGGUGAAGAUGAUGGAUGGGUUGAAGGAGGCGUGUUUGAAGAUUGGGCAGACGAUGGAUCCGGCGCCGGAGUUUGAGAAGUGGGUUGGUGAGGCUGGGUUUGGGGCCGUGCAUACGAUGAAGUUUAAGUUGCCUAUUGGGAGUUGGCCCAAGGAUGCGAGGUUGAAGGAGUGUGGGAGUUUUAUGAGGGUGAAUUUUGUGGAGGGCGUGGAGGGCUUCACGGCUGCGUUGUUUGGGGAUGUGUUGGGUUGGGAGCAGAGUGAUAUUGAGGAUUUGAAUGCCGGGGUGAAGAGGGAGUCGUUGAGGAAGGAUAUCCAUCCGAUUUUUGAUGUUUUGGUUGUUGCGGCGCAGAAGCCGAUGUAG